AUGGACGUGAAAUUUGUGAUCCUUUUAGUCUGCCUGCUCACCCUCCUGCCGACACCUGGACAUGCUGAUUUCUUAUAUAAUAGAAUAAGUCCGAAGACGCCGGAGGAACUAGAUGCGUUAAAUCUCAAAUGCGUCCCCGGUAGGACGAUUUUAAAGAUAGAAUCAGUCGCCGAUAAAAGUUUAUACGAUGAAGAUGGAACUGAGGAAGACGAUGGUGAAAUAGAAACGGAUACGAGACGAGUUCAUACAAAUUUUCAACCGAAAGAUGACAGUUGUAAAAUAUGCGUGUGUUCUGUGGAAGGGAAAGAUGAAUACUGCAGCAAAAGACCAGCGAUGAACGUCAACGAAUGUAUGCGAAUGACAAUGAUCAAAGAUAGUUUCAAUAAGAAUAUACCUUUCGAUCAUGAAAGAUCUCUCUCUUAUCGGAUUAGAAGAGUGGGAGAUGAGGAAACUGAAUGUAUACCAUUCCUAUCAGAAUACACGGAUUGUUCUGAAGCAAACAUUUGCACUGGUUGUACAAAAUGCUCGUGCUCGGCGGAAGGGAAUUGGCAGUGCCAAAUGGUGCAGGAAUGUCCAGGGUCGGGAGAUCAGGAUGUGGUAAAUGCAGACACCAUCAGCAAUGCCUAUGAAGUCUUGUUUAAUGAACUAUCUAAUAUGGGAAGUAAAGUAGAGCCAAAAGAUUCCGAACAACAGCAUGAGGAAAGUCGUUUAUUAGGUAACUAUGAAGAUUUGGACGAAGGACAUGUGUCGAUAGUAAAGAGAUCCGUCAGUCAGAAUACAAGCAUUGAUAAUGGAAAUAAAACAAACACUAAUGAAUCGGGUACAAUUCAAGCGAAACAGGUGAACGGUGUAAAAGUACCGAAAAUCUCGAGAAGAACAAGUGUUAUGGAUACAAAAAAUAUUACCGGCAUCAGUGAUUUACAUAUAGAUUUUCAUCAACCUAAAGAAUUCGAUCAUCACAUUGUUGAUAACAAAAUCGAUUCUUUAGUUCGUAAUGAAGAAAAAACUAAAAUCCUAAACCCAAAUAUAGGCGAAGUUAUAGGAAACCAUUCACAACAAAAUAAAGAUAAAGAUCUGUCACAGCUUGUUGUUAAUGAACUAAAGAAAGGUUCUGAAGUAAUUGGUAAUAAGGAAAUAGCUCCUGUAUCAAAUAUCACUUUUACUCCCGAAAAUGAUACUUUGACAGCAAUGGCGUUCAUUGCCGGUGAUCUAUUGAGCAAGUUGUGGAAAAUAGAAAAAGAAUCAAGCGUCGAAUCAAUGGAAACCGAAGUAUUGAAACAUGAAAAACUAGCUGAUUUAUUAGAACUGUUUAAAGAGCCACUUACAAUGAGACAAGAAUUGUUUAUUAAAAAUGCUUUAGAAAGACUUUCGAAAGCUUUAGAUAAGGAUAGGAAAUUGAAAAAUGUUUCAUUGUGCGAGACUUUAGCGUCUGCGGAGAGUAUUCUUGAAAAAAUUACCAAACUCCUAUUACCUAAAAAGAGUAAAAGAGCUAAAAAGAUUACGACGAAAGUAAGGCAUAUGAACUUAUUCGGAAACUCAGAUGAUAUUAAAAAAGAAUUGAAACAAAUUAUGGGGAUCAAUAGUGAUAAUUUAAAUUUAACGUCUAAGGACAAAUUAGUAAUAGAUUACCUUAAUAUAUUUAAAAUGAAUCCUAGGAGGUUCUGUCUCACGCAGAAAGGAAUAUUCUACUUUGCCAGGAUCUACAAAAGUAUGGGAGAGAGUUAUAAAAAAUUUAAAUAA